GGUAGAGUGAGCAGCGAGUAAAUUCGGCACUUUUUGAAAAUAAAAAACGACAUACCGUCAAAAAACUUAGUGACACGUGACGUGAGUGACACUAACAUUUAAAUUUUGAUUUUUUAUAAGAUUUGAGGCAAUAUGGUUAAAUAUUUGUUGUUUUUAGAUCCUAUGCGGGAAGAAGAAAUAAAUAAUUUUUAUAAAGCUUGUCAAUUGCACAGAAAUUAUUAUAGAGGAUAUCCUAAAGCUUAUCAUCCAUUGAGCUACUUCAGCGACGGAGAAUAUACCUAUCAAUGCCCUCCUGAAAUGUCUCAUGUUUAUUUAAGCUAUCCAGCGUACCAUAUUAAAUACAAGCAGCCGGCAGUUUUGAAUAUUACUCCAGGGCGAACAUCAGGUUUUCCACCCUUGCCCGGACGCAGUCUAGCUCCUCGGUACAAUAAACCACCCUAUAAUAGACGUCAAGAUGAAGUUGAAUUAUUUUACGAAGCAUGCCAGAGCCACAGGAACUACUACAGAGGCUACCCUAAGGCAUACCAUCCUCUAACUUACUUCCUAGACGCAGAUUACAUGUGGCAAUGUCCACCGGAUUUAACUCCAACAUACCUCAGUUUCCCGACGUUCCACGUGAAGUACAAGCAGCCGGCGGUUCUGCCGGGCAGCACGGGCCGCACCAGCGGUAUGCCUGCCCUGCCUGGCCGGACUCUCGCUGGACGCUAUAAUAAAGCUGCUUGCAAGGCCUUUGUCAGAUAGGCAUCUGUAUUAUACCAUCAACUUCAUAUCUAUACCUAUAGAGAUCCGUCCCAACGGUUUGCCAUCCCCGCUUAGCUUGACUAUCACCGAGAGUUAAUAAUAAAGUUGAUUGCAAGGCCUUUCUCAGGUAGAUCAAUACGGUCGGUAUUACCAUCGCUCCCAGAUACUAAGACCCGCACCAAGUUUUCCAGACCUGUCAGACGCUAUGCUUAAAAAGCCUUUUUCGGGUAGACAGAUACAAAAGAAUCGGUAUUACCAUGCGGUCAUGCCCUUAGAGAUUCGCGCCAAAUUUUUGUGAACCCAGCUUGACCCACUUAUGCUGGACGCUAUCAUCACCCAUCACUUUAAUAAAGCCUUUGCAAUUGCAAUGCCUUUCUUAGAUAGGGCGAUGUCGGCAUUACCAUCGCUCGUAGCACAGCUCGUAGUAACGAGAUCCGCACGAACGGUUUGCCAUAUCCCUGCCGAUGCCGGGGCGAACAUGCAAGGCCUUUAUCAAAUAUAAAUAUUUAAAUACCCACAUGACGUGGAUCACCAGUGCUCUCAGAUACAACAAGUUUAACUCGAAAAGCAAUAUUACCAAUUCAUCAAAAUCUACCUGGCAUUAGACAAAGGAGUACUAAAUUAACAGCUGAUAUAGAUGCGCUGUAUGGUGCGUGCUUCGGUAACUGGAUUUACUCGACUGUUAGAAGCUGUAAAUUUUCACUACCUUACACCUCUAAUUUACCUAUUGCUUUGUGUAUGAUCUUACUGGAUCACGAGAUUAUUUACUAUUCCAGAAAGAAUAGGUAAGUACCUAUUACUGAAAUAAAUAUCUUGCUCAGUUAAAAAACUUUCUUAACCCCUUAGAUUUCCAGAUUUCAAAUUGUAUGGUUUCAAUAAAUACCCAAAACGGAAUUUCAGAAAUAAAAUACAAGCUGUA